GACAGAGGAGUGCUUGGCGGCUGGCGGGGCCUAGCGUGACCGAAGGCGCUCUUGAGUGGUUGUCCUCCCUUUCUUUUACCGCCAUGGAGAUGCCGCCCCCGCCCCUCCUGCCCCCGCCCGAAGAUCAAGAACUACGCAAUGUCAUUGACAAACUGGCCCAGUUUGUGGCGCGGAAUGGUCCUGAGUUUGAAAAGAUGACAAUGGAGAAGCAAAAGGAAAAUCCUAAAUUCUCAUUUCUGUUUGGAGGAGAUUUCUAUGGUUAUUACAAAUAUAAGCUGGCUCUGGAGCAGCAACAGUUAUUGUGCAAGCAAGGUCAAGAUAUUGAGGCUGCCCCACCGAUUCAGCCAAUUCCCCAGCCACCUUUGGCUCCUGCUGCCCCUAUUACCACUCCUCAGGGGACUCCUUCAAUGGAGGAAUUGAUCCAGCAAAGCCAAUGGAAUCUCCAGCAGCAGGAGCAGCACCUCCUUGCCCUGCGACAGGAGCAAAUCACCUCUGCAAUAGCUGUGGGUAUUGAGCAACAAAUGCAGAAAGUCUUAGAGGAAACCCAGCUGGACAUGAAUGAGUUUGAUAACUUGCUACAACCAAUCAUUGACACAUGCACCAAAGAUGCUAUCUCUGCUGGAAAGAACUGGAUGUUCAGCAAUGCCAAGUCUCCCCAGCAUUGUGAACUAAUGGCUGAGCAUCUGCGCAAUCAGAUCACUGCCGAGGGAGCACAUUUUGAACUGCGACUACAUUUAAUCUAUCUGAUUAACGAUGUCCUCCACCAUUGCCAGCGGAAGCAACAACGUGAUCUCCUGGCAGCCCUGCAAAAAGUGGUGGUGCCCAUUUACUGCACUAGCUUCCUGGCUGUGGAGGAGGACAAACAACAGAAGAUCGCCAGGGUGAGCAGCUCGGCUUUACUUCAGGGGCAGCCAAGAGCUUGCCUGAAGUCCGGCCUGCCAAGUAACAGCCUUUCUCUUCCUCUUGAUUUCCCACAGCUCCUUCAGCUGUGGGAGAAAAAUGGCUACUUUGAUGAAUCGAUUAUCCAGCAGCUCCAGAGUCCAGCCCUUGGACUCGGGCAGUAUCAGGCUACUCUGAUCACAGAAUAUGCCAAUGUUGUGCAGCCAAUUCAGGUUGCGUUUCAGCAGCAGAUUCAGAAUUUGAAAACUCAGCAUGAAGAGUUUGUCAGCAGCCUCACACAGCAGCAGCAGCAGCAGCAGCAACAGCAACAGCCGCCGCCGCCGCCACAGAUGCAAAUCCCUCCGCUGGAAAGUGAGGUGAAACCAGCUCCUGCAGCCUUAGCUCCUCCUCCAGCUACUUCCAUUGCGCAAGCAGAUGAAGGGAAGGCUCCGCUGCCCCUUGCAGGCUCCACAGAAUACGAAGCCACCGGAGCUGGGCCCCCUGAUCCUGCUGCAGCUGGACCUCGUGGACCUGGGCCUCACGAUCACAUUCCUCCCAAUAAGCCGCCCUGGUUUGAUCAGCCGCAUCCUGUCACACCUUGGGGCCAACAGCAGCCCCCCGAUCAACCUCCAUUCCCACACCACCAGGGUCCUCCCCACUGUCCUCCAUGGAGCAGUAACCACGAGGGGAUGUGGAACGAACAGAGGGAGCCUGGCUGGAACAAUCAGCGUGAAGCCCCCUGGAACAACCAACCAGACCCAUCCUGGAAUAAUCAGUUUGAAGCCCCCUGGAACAACCAGCAUGAGCAGCCGCCAUGGGCCGGGGGCCAGAGAGAACCCCCUUUCCGUAUGCAGCGCCCGCCUCACUUUAGAGGGCCUUUCCCCCCUCACCAGCAGCACCCUCAGUUCAAUCAACCUCCUCAUCCACAUAACUUCAACCGCUUCCCACCUCGCUUCAUGCAGGAUGACUUUCCCCCGCGGCAUCCUUUUGAACGGCCUCCCUAUCCCCAUCGCUUUGACUACCCUCAGGGGGAUUUCCCUCAGGAAAUUGGACCACCUCACCACCACCCUGGGCACCGCAUGCCCCAUCCUGGAAUAAGUGAGCACCCUCCGUGGGGUGGGCCACAGCAUCCUGACUUUGGACCUCCUCCCCAUGGCUUCAAUGGGCAGCCACCUCACAUGCGCAGGCAGGGGCCACCUCACGUUAACCACGACGACCCCAGCCUGGUGCCAAACGUCCCUUACUUUGAUCUUCCUGCUGGACUCAUGGCUCCUCUUGUCAAACUGGAAGAUCACGAGUACAAGCCUUUGGAUCCCAAGGACAUACGCCUGCCCCCUCCGAUGCCUCCCAGUGAGAGAUUAUUGGCUGCAGUUGAAGCCUUUUAUAGUCCCCCAUCCCACGAUAGGCCAAGAAACAGUGAGGGCUGGGAGCAGAAUGGACUGUAUGAGUUCUUUAGAGCAAAGAUGCGAGCCCGGCGCCGCAAAGGGCAAGAGAAAAGAAACAGUGGCCCCUCACAAUCCCGCAGCAGGUCUAAAAGCAGAGGACGGUCUUCUUCCCGCUCCAAUUCAAGGUCUUCAAAAUCCUCUGGCUCUUAUUCAAGAUCUCGCUCUCGAUCCUGCUCCAGAUCAAGGUCCUACUCCCGGUCUCAGUCCAGGAGUAGGAGCAGAUCCCGCUCUUCACGAAGUCGCUCCCGCUCCAGGUCCCGAUCAAAAUCCUACUCCCCUAGUAGGCGGCGGCGAUCUCGAUCUCGCAGUCAAACACCUCCCUCUGCAGCUGGAUUGGGCUCCAGCUCAGGACCUCCCAUACCAGAAUCCAGACUUGGAGAGGAGAAUAAAGGACAUCAGAUGCUGGUGAAAAUGGGAUGGAGUGGAUCUGGGGGCUUGGGUGCCAAGGAGCAAGGGAUCCAAGACCCUAUUAAAGGAGGGGAUAUCAGAGACAAAUGGGAUCAGUAUAAGGGUGUGGGAGUAUCCCUAGAUGAUCCGUAUGAGAAUUAUCGCAGGAACAAAAGCUAUUCCUUUAUUGCUCGUAUGAAGGCCAGAGACGAAAGCUAAUGGUGUUUCAAGUGGAGGAAGCCAGAUAGCUACCAAGUACUGGGCAAAUGAAUCAAGAAUCUACUGUACAUUCUAAAUCCCCAAGAUACCCCUCUGCAGCCAUCACAGCUCCAUCCAGAACAGAGGGCUUAACCACUCUAGUUACUUCUAGAUGUUUAAGGAUUUGUAACAAGAAAAAAAUAUUUAGGUCUUUUAUAUUUUUGUAUAUAUCCUUUUAAGAAGAAUUAAGAGGAGUGCUGUAGACUGACUCAUCUGUAGCGCCAUUGCAUUUCCUUGCUUGUUUCAAAAUACGAAGCAUUUCUAGAAGCCCUGUCUGAAAACAUCUUUUGUAACUGGAUGCCCAAAGAUCAGCAGUUCUAAGUGAUCUAAAACUUGCUCUGAGCGAACUGAAAGAACCGUUUUCCUCCGUCUAGUAGAAUUGUUCUUUCACAGCCAUCCAUUUUGACAUAAGGUAGCAACUGUUGUAGACUGACUUACUAUAGCUGUGAAAUUUAUUCAUCUUUCAACUCCCUUGUCAUGAGUCAGCUACCAUCUUGUAUUUACUGUUGCCUUCCAAUAAAAACUUUUUUCUAU